CUCGGCGCUCGACCACAGCGUGUCAGUCUGUCUUCCGGUUUCUGCCCGACGCACCUGCCGAGCGCCGAGCCACCGAUGGCUAUGGCUGUCGCGGGUCUCUGAGGAAUCUCGAAGGCCGGGAGUCGGGGGCUGGAGCUGGAGAGUAGGCUACCGGCUGACUGUCGGAAGUCGCAGGGAGAGAGGAAGGGUGUUGGCUUGCUCGGAGCCUACACCGAGAGCGCAGCGGUGGCUGAGAUUCCUUCUGCUGAAGAGAGGAAAGCUCAUCCAAGGCCACAAUGUCACUUCCCAGUUAUCCAAGAGCUGCCUGCUCAAGCUAACACUGCCAGAAUCCUGCUCCCUUGGGAGGAGUCAAGCUGACUUGGCAUGAGGUCCCUGCCUUCCUGGGGUUGAGAGAAGUACAACUAUGGCAUCUUUGGAUGACGCAGGGGAAGUGAGGGAAGGCUUCCUGUGCCCUCUGUGCCUGAAGGACCUUCAGUCUUUCUAUCAACUUCAGUCACAUUAUGAGGAAGAACACUCAGGAGAUCGUGAUGUCAAAGGGCAAAUUAAAAGUAAGAAAUCUUGUUCAGAAGGCUAGGAAAGCAAAGAACAAGUUGUUGAAACGAGAAGGAGAUGAUCGAGUGGAGCCAGGGACCCAAGGAUACGAAUCAUUCAGCUAUGGAGGGGUUGAUCCUUACAUGUGGGAACCUCAAGAGCUUGGUGCUAUGAGAAGCCAUCUUUCUGAUUUUAAAAAACAUCGUGCUGCAAGGAUUGACCACUAUGUUGUUGAAGUCAAUAAAUUAAUAAUCAGGUUGGAAAAGCUUACCGCAUUUGACAGAACAAAUACUGAGACCUCAAAGAUUAGAGCAAUAGAAAAGUCCGUGGUGCCUUGGGUCAAUGACCAGGAUGUUCCAUUCUGUCCAGACUGUGGGAAUAAGUUCAGCAUCCGGAACCGCCGUCACCACUGCCGCCUCUGUGGGUCUAUCAUGUGCAAGAAGUGUAUGGAGCUCAUUGGCCUGCCCUUGGCAAAUAAGCUCACCAGUGCCAGCAAGGACUCCCUGAGCACCCACACCAGCCCCAGCCAGUCACCUAACAGUGUCCAUGGCUCCCGCCGAGGCAGCAUCAGUAGCAUGAGCAGUGUCAGCUCAGUCCUGGACGAGAAGGAUGAUGAGCGCAUCCGCUGCUGCACGCACUGCAAGGACACGCUGCUCAAGAGAGAGCAGCAGAUGGAUGAGAAGGAGCACACGCCUGACAUCGUGAAGCUCUACGAGAAACUUCGACUUUGCAUGGAGAAAGUUGAUCAGAAAGCUCCUGAAUACAUCAGGAUGGCAGCAUCAUUAAAUGCUGGGGAGACGACCUACAGUCUGGAGCACGCCAACGACCUUCGAGUGGAAGUGCAGAAAGUGUACGAGCUAAUAGAUGCUUUAAGUAAGAAGAUCUUAACCUUGGGCUUGAACCAAGACCCUUCACCACAUCCAAACACUCUUCGGCUACAGAGAAUGAUCAGAUACUCAGCUACACUAUUUGUGCAGGAAAAGUUAUUGGGUUUGAUGUCACUGCCAACCAAAGAACAGUUUGAAGAACUAAAAAAGAAAAGGAAGCAGGACCUGGAGCAGAAGAGGACCAUGGAGCGACAGGCUGCUCUGGAGUCCCGACGGAAGCUUGAGGAAAGGCAGAGUGGUUUGGCAUCUCAUACAGCCAAUGGGGACAUGAGGUCUCUUCAAGGCAUACCUGCCCCCUUGCGAAAGGCCGAGGGCUGGCUCCCACUGUCAGAAGGUCAGGGACAGAGUGAAGACCCUGACCCUCUCCUUCAGCAGAUCUAUAACAUUACAUCGUUCAUCAGGCAGGCCAAGGCUGCAGGCCGCACAGAUGAGGUGCGCACACUUCAAGAGAACCUGCGGCAGCUGCAGGAUGAGUAUGACCAGCAGCAGACUGAGAAGGCCAUCGAGCUGUCCCGGAGGCAGGCUGAGGAGGAGGAGCUACAGCGGGAGCAGUUACAGAUGCUCCGCCAGCGGGAGCUGGAACGAGAAGAAGAGCAGUUCCUGGCAGCAUCUCUGCAAACACGGACUCGUGUUCUAGAACUCCGAGAAGUUUUACCCUUCCAGUCGGAGCCCAGCCGAGGGCCUCACACUGAUCUUGCCUAUUCCUUAGAUGAGGACUCCUCCCCAGUUCAGAGCAGCACAGCUCCUGAUAUCCUUUCACCUGGCUCAGCUCUAGCACCCAUCCAUGUGUGGUCUGGGUCCCCAGCCCUUAGCCAAGAAUUACUCCUUCAGAGCACCAUAUCACAGCCAAGUAGUAAGACCUCUCUCAACCCGUUUGAUGAAGAAGACCUCUCCAGCCCUACAGAGGGUGCUGUCAGCCCUGCUGCUGUAGAGGCUUUCCAAGGCCCUCCAGCUGCUGUCACCAAAGAAUACAAUCCUUUUGAGGAAGAUGCUGAGGAAGAGGAGGUGGCAGAGUUGGGGGCAGGGAAUCCCUUCACUGACCCAGACAGUCCAGCACCCAACCCCUUUGAUGAGGAUGAGCAUCCCAGGUCUGCCAGUCCAGCCGCCCCUGGAAACCCUUUUGAAGAGUGUCCAUGCACCAACCCCUUUGAGGUAGACAGUGAUAGUGGCAUGGAGGCUGAGGAACACAUUGAGGAGGAGCUGCUCCUGCAGCAAAUUGACAACAUCAAGGCUUACAUCUUUGAUGCCAAGCAGUGUGGUCGAAUGGAUGAGGUUGAGGUUCUGACGGAGAACCUCCGGGAGCUGAAGUGCACCCUGGCUAAGCAGAAGGGGGCCCCUAACUGACAGCAGUGGGCAGGAACUGGGCAGAGUCUUUGGUAGCAUGAUAUCAAGUGGGAGGAGGAGAUGGGCAGGCGCCUGAAACGCACACAGGUGGGAGCUGGAAACAGUAGUCUCUUGCUGUGCACUUUGAGACAUUUCCACUAUAGUUGAACAAGAACAGGAAAAAAAUUGGCAUUAUUUGCUGGUUUUUCUGUAUUUCUUUUAAUGAAGUGUUCCCUUUUCAGGGGACUUUACCAUUUUAUUUAUUGAGAUACAGAGCUGGGCCAAGGCAGAAAUGGCUCCUGGGUACCUCUUAGUCCAUUUUCUGCUGACUGUUCUUGGUCAUUAUGCAGUAUUAUAGGGAAGCCCUUAACAGACCCCUUCCUCUAGCCAAGAUAGGCAGGGGCUCUAGCAGGAGUCUGUCCUGACUUGGUUGCUCCCUUUCAGCACCUCCCUGCUUGGACUAUCUCCUGGACACUUAGGGAGAUGCUGUGUGAAGGCAGAGUCUAGACCCAGUGGGCACCAGUGCCUCUUUUUACAGAUGGCAGGAAUGUUGCCAGUGUUGUCCCCUCCCAGUUAAAGGAAGUAAAGUUCCCAAGUGUGAGGGUGGUGGGGUGGUGGGGUGGUAGUGUCAGUGUGAGCUUGAUUAUGAGACAGUAGUGAUCAACUUCUUGGUGGAUGUUAUGGUUUGGAAGAACUUUCUACUUGUGCAGUUGACAGCCCCUGGGGUUUGAUAGAACGACAACUAUAUAGGUCACAUUCAAGGUCCUGUUGACUUGGGAAUUGUGACUGGUAAGUUUCUGUGGAGUAUUAGUAGGUGAUGGAACACUUCUGAGUCAGGAGAUAAAUUCUAGUAACUUCCAAGGCCCUCAAGUCAGCCUUCUUCCAUGUGGUUCAUUCUGGAAACUGGUAAGGUGUUAUUUUACUACUUCGAGUACUAAAAAACAGAAAUAUUUGAGGCAUAGCCUGAGAUCAUUCCACAGCCCUGAAGUACUUGAACUCUUGAUAGAAGACAGAAAGGGAAGUUAUGUAGCUUAGUACUUUGGUUUACAGGAACAGGUCAGUUGACAGAUGACCUUGUAAGAUCCUUGGUGUGCUCAGCUCUGGGUCAUUUCUUUAGUUAAUGGACAAUAACUGUCUACUAGUCACUUUCCCUUUAGCUAACUCUGGGCCGUGCCUUUUGUUCGCUACUGGUGUGCAAGCUCAAAUUCUUCUCUCACAUUCUGGUGAAGAUCUGUCUUGGUGGUAAGAAUACCAUGUGGGUGCAAAGAUCUCUAUUUUGGCAGCUUUAAUCCCAAUUCAUUAGUACCUGUUGGGGCUUUGGCUGGAUAGAAAGCCCACUUGGAGAGGAAGGGUAAGAACUCUUUGGGGUUCUGGAAGGUAAGCAGCCUGGCAUCGUAUGUUACCUGGGGCUGGCUUCCCCUCUUUCUAAAGCCUAGUCUCCAGGCAUGCCCAGCACAUCACCCUGCUUCAUCUGCUUCUGUCUGAUGGAAAAGGAGGCAGCUCUAACAUAAGGAUGAAGCUGAAUACUGGUUUUCACCAUUACUUUUCCUGACACAGAUCAGGUGCUCAAGGUGGUUCAACUGCAGACAUUGCUUUUCUUAUAAGAAUGGCUUUCUUAAUUAGCUAGUGACUCAUUAAAUGUACUCCUUUCUGGAAAUCACUCUAGAUAGCAGUCUAACAGAGCAUGGGGAAAACAGAUGCUUUUCAACAGCCAUUUUUUAAAUCCCGAUUGAAUUUUAAACCAAGUGAACUCAGAUUCCAGAGGUUUAACUGAGUUUCUUAUUGAAUUCCUCUUUGAUCAUAUUCUGAAAGUCAGAGACAUAACAAGAGAGACAUGUCUACCCAUUGGCUGUAUCACUUCCCAGAAUUCCUACAGGUCAGUUGGUUUGCAGAGGGUGUUUGGCCUGUGAGUGAACCACAGUGCCAGCUUCUUACCUUGGGUGAAUAUUUCAUGAUUCCCAAGGUCCCAAGCUCCACCUCAGCAGUGAAGGAGCACAUCCUUGAUAAGGUAUUGGCAGAUCCCUUAGGUGUAGGUCCUGUUCACAGUGGAAGGGCUUCUUGCUUUGUUCCCUUCUAACACACUAAGGAACUGGAGCCUCACUCAUUGCACUUACCACACAUCAUGUCUUUGUUGUCAGAUGUUAAAACAUCUUUCUAAGUCAUCAUGAGCCAUGUUGCAUAGCAGUGCCAUGCAGUUCAAAUUGUGGAAUUGGCCUCUGGACAAGGUCAGACUAGAGGAGCACGGUGUUCUGGUAAUCAUGAUGACUGUCAGCAAGAUGGUCAUUGACGCGCAUGCACUACACUGGGGCCUUGUAUCAGAGGCUUUUAUUAAAAAAAUAUCAUUUAUGUGAGGCUUUUAUUAAAAAAAAAAUAACAUGUUCA